AUGGCUAGCAUCUUCUCUUGCUUUUCUCGUCCAGUUAAUUCCAAGAUCUCUUUCAACGGUCAGCCUUUGGUGACGCCCACAUCCACUCGAAUUUCUUCUCGCCUUGCAAAAUUUGUCUCAACCUUAUCCUCUUCUUCUCCGGCUCCCCCCUCCUCUCACUCAUCCGACUCCCCUUCACAUGUUCCAUGUUUAUCAAUCGCUCCUAUCAUUGCUCCUACUUCAUUAAACAACCAUGGUAUUGCCCGCGUUCGAUUAUCCGACGAACCUCGCCAUCCUUAUCCACAUCGGUCCGAUCGCUUUUCAUUGUCGCAUUUGUUCAAACGACGAAAAGCUCCAAUUCUAAAACCUGGCUACUUCUCAAUUGAGCUUAACCAAGCCACCUGGAUUAUACCAACUAGAUACACAAACUUGCAGGUGGCUGGCCAUGGUGCCUAUGGCUUAGUCUGGUAA